AUGUCCAGCCGCACCCAUCACGGUGUGGAAACAAACGGUAUAGAUGAUCUUGGGCGAGCAAUAGAGAGCUCAUUGUCUUUUGAUCAACAAGAACAGUCGCACGAUCUUUGGCAGCAUCAUAAUACGCAGCAACCGUUCUACUCUCGGAGCACCGCCGUCUACCAGGACGCCCAAUCGCCCAGCAGAGCAGAUAAUCUUGCAAGCAGAGCUUCGCCACCUAAGCUAAGAUCGCCGGUCUCUUCGAGCGGCCGACCGCGAGCAUAUUCUGGCACCUCGCCCAACCACCAUCAACAAGCUCCGGCUCCAUCGGGCACCUCGCUCAGCCCUCGUCAAAUGGCCUACCGAUUGCCGCAUAAUCCUCCACUGAGUCUUGCCGGAGAGCCCGUUGGACCGGCUCUUGCCCAUUUGGCUGAGCCAGUGCGUGUCUCGCCGCCGGCCCGUCUAGGCUCCCCCAUUGCCGAGGCGACUCCGCCCCUUCACGAACGCAGCCAGGCCUCCCCUGGGGGCCCUACGCAUGUUCCUGUUAGACACAGCGAUGGUUGGAACCAAGAGGGUGCCGCCACUCUAGUGAAAAAGACCACAGACGAGCAGGGUAAUGUAACCACCCGUGUCAUCAAAAAGGGCGUCGAAGACUUUGAAUUCAAAGAAGAACUAGGUACUGGAUCUUAUUCCACGGUUGUUGCUGCGAGUGACAAGCAAACGCUCCGGCAGUAUGCCAUCAAAAUCCUGGAUAAAGCCCAUAUCAUCAAAGAAGGCAAAGUCAAGUAUGUGGAGAUCGAAAAGAACACCCUCACUCGUCUUGGCGACCACCCGGGCAUUAUCCACCUAUACUACACCUUCCAGGAUAGAGCAAGUCUAUUUUUUGUUUUGGAUUUCGCGCCCAAUGGCGAGCUCUUGCAACUCAUCAAGCGAAUGGGCUCAAUCAAUGAGGAGGGCGCUCGCUACUAUGCUGCGCAGCUUUUAGACGCUAUCGACUACAUGCAUUCUAAAGGUGUGAUCCACCGUGAUCUGAAACCUGAAAAUAUUUUGCUGGAUUACAAGAUGAGGAUCAAAAUUACUGACUUUGGCACUGCCAAAUUAUUAGAAGCCAACCCGGCAACCAACGAAUACCCCAUUGACAGUUGCCGUGCCGAUUCGUUUGUUGGAACCGCUGAAUAUGUUUCCCCUGAAUUACUUAGUCAAAAGACUCAGGGCAAGAGUGCCGAUAUCUGGGCUUUCGGGUGUGUACUUUUCCAAAUGAUCGCGGGUAAUCCGCCGUUCCAAGGUUCCACGCAGUAUCUGACUUUUCAAAGGAUUGUAAAAUAUCAAUGGACGGCUCCACCUGGGUUCCCUGUUUUGGUUCGCGAUUUACUUAAAAACGUUUUUGUUGGCCCCCGCCGUCGACUCGAAGUUGAUGAGAUUAAGGCCCAUCCAUUCUUUGAGAGCCAGGAUUGGUCCCCUCGCGAGCUUUGGAAUUCUAGUCCACCUCGUCUUGUACCAUACAAACCUAGUCCUCAAUCGCUUGCUUCAUCCAGGCUGCCCAAAGUUCGCAGCCAGCCGGUUCGACGCCCGGUAGCCCCGCGACCCUCGCCGGCGAUGAUCCCUACUCCUGCUGGGCUUGCACCCGUUCAGCCCUCAACACGCGCUGGUGUACCUUCUAAUGCCAAUUUACGGUCUGGUGAUGGCGUGGCUAUCUCUCCAAGGGCACCUGCGCUACCAGGUCGUCCUGUUUCUGCAUCAUCAGCGGCCGCAGCUGCAUUGUCACGCAGUGCUGCGUCCCCUCGCACACCACGAGCAACAGCACCUCAAAGCCACACACAAUCUUAUCAACAGAGUCAAGAGCGUCUGCAAGAACUCACUCGGCGGGUUCGGGAACGCACGAACCAGCGACCUGCGUCAGGGGGACCAAGUCUCCAUGUCAACACCCAACGGCGGAGUACGCCUCCACUACAGAAGCCAGUAAUGAGCAGUCCAAAUUUGGGUGGAUACUCACCGUCUUCGCCUAAAAGCCCUAGCUUGCCGCUGCCGAACCUGACAGCCACGGAGGGUGAGUGGUCCACGGUCCUGAUUUCUAGCCAGGAACGUAUUUUGCGUAUUGGAAAAGUAACAGUAUAUGCUGGUAAUAACAUCGGCCUGUCAGAGUGUACGAGUACUGUUGAGACCGAGCACAGAGUCGCGAAGUUGAUGUCGUCUCGUCACAAACGGACGUGGACCCUCAUGGUAACCACUGCUGGCCGUAUGGUGGUCAUUGGAAGCGACCGUAAAGUGCGGGUUGAAGUUCCACUGGGGGUUCCGCAGGUUGAAAUUCAAAUUGUAUCUUUUGUCAAGCGUGACGGUUCAGUUUUGGCUGUCGAAACGUAUAAUAGGGCUAUUGUCAUCAGUGACGAUAAAGGAAAUGUUAAAGACUGGAUGAGCACAAUCGAGUUGAGCCGCAGAUACUAUGCACAGGCCACUGCCGAACAAGAACGUAAUGCAUUCUCUGCUGCUGCGGCGGCGGCUUGUGCGGUAAGCGGGACCCGUCGCUAA